AUACCCGUCUUCUUGUCAUGUUUUUUUUUGGCAUAUGAAGGAUAUGGAAGAAAACCGCCGGCUGCUGUGAAGCCUCCUGCUGUCCCGAGGGAGCCUCCCCCGAUCGAUGUGCCAGCUUUGUCAUUGGACAAGUUAAAAGAAAAGACGGACAAUUUCGGUUCAAAGGCAUUGAUCGGAGAAGGAUCAUAUGGAAGAGUAUACUAUGCAAACUUGAAUGAUGAUGAUGAAGCAGAGGCUGUGGCAGUGGCAGUGAAGAAGCUUGAUAAUUCAGCCAAACCUGAAUCAGAUGUCGAGUUUUUGACACAGGUCUCUAGGGUUUCGAAGCUGAAGCAUGAAAAUUUCGUUCGGCUCCUCGGCUACUGCAUUGAAGGGAAUAUCCGAAUCCUUGCAUACGAGUUUGCCAUUAUGGGAUCCUUGCACGACAUUUUGCACGGAAGAAAGGGAGUACAAGGGGCGCAGCCAGGUCCGACCCUCGACUGGAUGCAACGAGUGAGAAUAGCGGUCGAUGCAGCGAGGGGCCUAGACUACUUACACGAGAAAUUCCAACCUCCGAUAAUCCACAGGGACAUUCGUUCUAGUAAUGUGCUUCUCUUUCAAGGCUUCAAGGCCAAGAUUGUGGCCAUGGAAAAAUAA